UUCAAACAAGUACUGGGUUCAAGGUUCAGAGGUCUGCUGAUUAACAGGCUACACUCAUCGGAACUCACCAGAACAGAGACACUCCUUCCUGGGAGGAGAACCAACGCAGAAGACACCGCCGAACCGUCUCGGUCCUCGGACAUGUCUUUAUCAGAACAGGAUGGAAAAGUUUCUGUUGUUGCUUCUCUUCUGUCACGUCUCAUCUCCAGUGAAACACUCACUGAAGUUUUUCUUCACUGGAUCUUCUGGAGUCCCAAACCUCCCAGAGUUUAUGGUUACUGCAGUGGUGGAUGAUCUUCUGGUGGGUUACUGCGACACCAACAAAAAGAUAGCAGAACCCAAACAGGACUGGAUGAAAACAUUUUUAGAAAACAAUCCUCAGCUUUGGAAAUUGUACACAGCACAGUGUUUUGAGCAUCAGCCUAACUUUUUCAGUGUCUGGAUCAAUCGCAUGAAGCAGAGCUUCAACCAAACUGGAGGUGUCCAUAUUUUCCAGAGCAUGGCUGGCUGUGAGUGGGACGAUGAGACUGGAGAGGUCAAUGGUUUUAAUCAGUAUGGUUAUAAUGGAGAAGACUUCCUAGCAUUCGACCUGAAGACGUCAACAUGGAUCGCUCCGAAACCACAGGCUGUCAUCAUCAAACAAAGAUGGGAUGCUGACACAUCUAGACUAAGACGCAUUGAGACUUUCCUCACUGAGAUUUACCCUGGAUGGCUGAAGGUGUUUUUGGACUACGGCAAGAGCUCUCUGCUGAGAAAAGAGGUUCCCUCAGUGUCCCUCCUCCAGAAGUCUCCGUCCUCUCCAGUCAGCUGCCACGCUACAGGUUUCUACCCUGACAGAGCCAUGAUGUUCUGGAGGAAAGAUGGAGAGGAGCUUCAUGAGGACGUGGACCUCGGAGAGAUCCUCCCCAACCACGAUGGAUCCUUCCAGAUGAGUGUAGACCUGGACCUUUCAUCAGUCCCAGCUGAAGACUGGAGGAGGUACGACUGUGUGUUUCAUCUCUCUGGUGUGGAGGACGACAUCGUCACCAAACUGGACAAAGCAGAGAUCAGGACCAACAGAGAGAAACCAGCUGCUAGAACACCAGCACCAGCUCCAGCAUGUCAACGGGUUUCCUCACGUUCAUUUUUCAAAUAUUACAACACAAUCUUUUCUUACAAAAAGCCUGCACUCUGUCAAAGUCCAUUUCAAAAAUAAAAUUAAACUAUGACA